UAUUCAGAUUCGAUUUAUCACCGGCCACAACUCUUUGUCAAAUGUCGCCGGCACUGUUACGUUGAUCAACUACGUGGCGCUGUGCCUCACUUCCUGCGUGGACAUCUACACUCUACCUCCACGUCGUUCACGCAUUAGGAGGGGGAUUCGGGGAAUAUUUCUCACCUGGGAUAAUUACAGGUAGUCACACCUCUGCUCUAGAAAUGAGCCCACUAUCAAUCAAAAUGUCGUUGUUGCUGCUGCUGUUGACGGUGACAUGGACGACGGACGCUAGGAUUGGCUUUAAGAAGGACCUGUCAAUGGAUGCUGUCUUCCCCGCACCCAUCAGGCGAGACGCUGGGCUGCCGGAGGGACAUCUCCGACCCCUGGGCUACCAGCGUCCGGCUGACUCCCCUGCAGACGAACUGGACGGGUUCCCGGACAUCAGAGUGUUCUACCACGGCUACUCCAAACAGCGGACGCCCGUGGUGUUCCGAAAAGCUCUGAAGGACGAGGAGGUGUUCAAGAACUGGGCGACAGACAAAUACCUCAGAGACACGUUCGGCAAGCUCAACAUCACGGUUGUCACCCAGCGCCCCAUCUUCCACAAGGACGAGAUCAAGCGGACGACCCAGGUGGUAAAGGUGAAGCGCUUCCUGUCUGAGUACGAGUAUGAAGACUGGUACAUCUCUUCUGUCAUCCCAGCGGAGAUACAGCAACAACUGUCGCUGCCGACCAUCUUUAACUGUGGUGUAGUGAGCCGUUAUCUCCAGAAUCCGGAACUAUGGAUGUCCAGUGGCAGUAUCUCCUCCAAGCUCCACAGUCAUCACGACCACAACCUCCACUGCGUCCUCUUCGGCAGACGUGACUACGUCAUCGUCCGAAACAAGUACAGAUACAACUUUGACUUCAAGGAAACAUACAUCAACUCAGGCGAGGGCUUCUCCCCCAUCGACAUGGAGAACAUCAACGUCUACAAACACAAGAAGAUCAAGGAGACGCCAUGGACAUGGGCCUCCCUCAAACAGGGGGACUGUAUCCUCAUACCCUCAGGUUACCUCCACUACGUGCACGCCUACGGUCGCAGCAUCUCCUACUCCAUCCUGUUCUCCCCCACCUCCGACACCGACGAGGACGUGGACGAGCCUCCAUGUAAGAAGGGCGCAGCGGAUACACUGAAGCCAAUGUCUGAAGGAACCUUCACCUGGAGCUAUGAUGGCGGGAAGACGCGUCUGACUAACCGGCAGCUGGAUGCAAAAAGCAUGCGGCACCAUCUCAUGUCACUCCUCAGGGACGAUAGUCAGAUCUAUUUUGAGAAGUUUGACCAUUUUUACAAAGAAGCAACAGCUUGGGCAAAAGACGCACCCCCUGCCCAGCAGGUGUUUAAUAUCUUGAAAGAGAAAAUCGUCAACAUACAGAAGCGGGACAAAAAGCGAGGUCUCAACUACAUCACCCGGGUCGACAUACAUCAACUGAGUGACGACCAACUGAUGAGAAUCGCUAAUAUCUUUAAUAAACCCGAGGGAAAACCUCAGAAGGAUAAAUCGAAACUGAAAAAGGAAGAGUUGUAGUUAUGAAAGUUUAACUGUCUCAUAAUUUUUUCUCUUGAUUUCAGUAUUUAUAACGCAGGUAUUCGCAGAGUAAACGUGUUGUGAAAAUGAAACAUAAAUCGGGAUUAUAAUCUUAAGAGACAGUUAAAUCGGAAUGUAUGAGUUUUUUAGUGUGUAUUAUUUUAGAAAUGUAAAAUUAAUUUAGUUCAAUUUUUAAAUUCUUCACCAUUGACAUGCUUCUUGUGUAGGAUCGCAUAGAAAUACAUUUCCUUGCGUAAUAGAAAUCCUUGUCGUAUUUUCCAUUCAAGUCCCACUAAGAAUAAAUAACUAGACUACACAGUUCAUGAAUAUGUGUAAAAGUGGAGAUAGCACCGUUGCUGUCUCCCAGCUUAAAGUGAGAAAUGCGAAUAUUAGGUGGUUCCAGUUGAUAGUAUUUGUUACAGUCAGUACAUUUGUGUUGAUAACUGCAAUCUUUAAUGACCAAAAUUGCACGUUGCAAUAUAACCACAUUCAUUCUAUACACAUGUUUAACGCGGCAAUUGAUGUACUUACUGUUUGCAAUAAAUAUGUUUCCUAAUA